AUGAUUGGAAUGUUAAAAAAAUUAAAUAAUAGAUUGUUUUGUUUAACUGAAUUGGAAAGUUUAAAUAAAGAAAAUAAUUUAAAAAGUGCCAUUUCCAAAGUGAAAAAACAACGGGGAGCAAAUACUGCUAUGGAGCAGUAUGAAGAAUACAUAAAGUUUUUAGAAAAUCAUGAACUAUUUAGAACUGGAACCAUUAAUCCCGAAAAUUAUAUGAAACAAAAGUGGGAAGAAUUGACCAUUGAAUUAAACUCUAAACCAAAGGAUCCACAAUUAACUACUGAUAAAUGGAUUCAAAGAUUCUCUGAUUGA